ACUUCAUUUCAGCGACACGUCAAUCCCAAACGCUUCUCGGUGGAUUUAAACCAUAUCUCCUUUUGGUUCUGCUGUUCUUUUCCAGCACCGCAAAAACUUUCAUUGGAUGUUAGGCGUGGAGGUUUUUUUUUAAUUUUUAUUUUUUUACUAAAUUUACCAAGCAGGAAUGAUGACCAGCGGAGCUCGGAGUUUAGUGCCAAUCACGUCCACGAGCAGCAUGAGCAGAAGAUUAAAAAAAACAAGCAGGUUCUAAUUCCGAAAGGAUUCCUGCAUCUUUGUGUGAAGAGUCUGCUAACCGUGUGUGAAGACUCCUGGGAAUACAAGGAUCGAGUCAAGGGCGCGUUCAUCUUUCCCCCCACCCUUUUACUCCACUGCCUGCAGGAAGAUGCGAGUGAGGAUAGAAACCUGAGCGGAGUCACAAGAGGAGCUUCAUGAAUUCCGAGGAAUCUUAAAACAAGCACUCUUUUGCUGUGUUUGUUGCUGUGAGGAUACCAUAACCAUGUGGACAUUAGCGGAAGACGCACGCUGCCUUCUGUCUGCCACCCUCCUAUUGGCCCUCUGCCUCCAAUCAGUGAUGACCACGGACGACGACGUGACGCCACGCAUCAGUUUCCCAUACAAUGCUAAGGAGAGAUCGGCCAAGAGGUUCUCAGCCGAGGGCGUCUUCAAUUACACCUCUCUGCUGCUCAGCCAGGAGGAUGACAUGCUGUAUGUGGGGGCCAGGGAGACACUGUUUGCCCUCAGCCUCUCUGAUAUCAGCAGGACCAAGCUGCAGAAGAACCUGACUUGGGCGACUCCUCUUGGAAAGAGAGAGGAGUGCAGCUUCAAAGGAAAGAACCUGGAGACUGAUUGCUUCAAUUACAUCAAAAUCCUGCUGAGGCUGAACAGCACUCACCUGUACGUGUGCGGCACCUUCGCCUUCAGUCCCAUCUGCAGCUACAUUAACACGUCAACAUUCACCUUGGCGACGGAUGACGCCGGUGAGGUGGUGAUGGAGGACGGCCGCAGCCGCUGCCCUUUUAAUCCCGAGUACAAAUCCACUGCCAUCAUCGUUGAUGGUGAAUUGUACACGGGCACGGUCAGCAACUUCCAAGGGAAUGAGCCGGUUAUUUACAAGAGUUUGGGGCAAGGAACAGCGCUAAAGACGGAAAACUCUUUAAAAUGGCUACAAGAUCCGCUCUUUGUCGGUUCGGCUUACAUCGAGGAGAGUCAGCCAAUAGGGAACCCCGUGGGCGACGACGACAAGAUUUACUUCUUCUUCAGUGAGGCGGGAAAGGAAUUCGACUUCUUUGACAACACCAUUGUGUCGAGGAUCGCUCGCGUGUGCAAGGGCGACAGAGGGGGCGAGCGGGUGCUGCAGAAGAAAUGGACCACUUUCCUGAAGGCCCAGCUCCUGUGCUCCCUACCAGACGACGGCUUCCCUUUCAACAUCCUUCAGGACAUGUUUGUUCUGAAGCCCAUGGGAGACAGCUGGGAGAGCACCGUCUUUUAUGGCGUCUUCACAUCACAGUGGUAUAAAGGAGCAUCAGGUAGCUCGGCAGUGUGCGCCUUCACCAUGGCACAGGUGGAGAGAGCCUUCAGUGGGCGGUACCGACAGGUCAACAGGGAGACUCAGCAGUGGUUCACCUACAACCACCCUGCACCAGAACCACGACCUGGAGCGUGUGUGACCAACCAUGCCAGGCAAAUGGGAAUUCAGUCUUCUUUGCACAUGCCUGACAAGGUGCUCAACUUUGUCAAGGACCAUUUCCUGAUGGACAGUGUGAUACGAAGCUCCCCCUUGCUGCUUAAACGCAGCGUGCGCUACACACAGAUCGCCGUGCACAAGAUCCAGGGCAUGGAGCGGGCGUACGACGUGCUCUUUAUCGGAACAGAUGACGGCAAGCUCCACAAGGCCGUCAACGCCAAUGACAAGAUGCACAUCAUCGAGGAAAUGAUUCUGUUUCCUGACCCGCAGCCUGUUCAGCACAUCGAACUGGAUCCUCAGAGAGGUCUGUUGUUUGUGUCAUCCUACUCGGGCUUGGUGGAGGUCCCUGUGGCCAACUGCUCCAAUUACCUGAGCUGUGGAGAGUGCGUCUUGUCCAGAGACCCCUACUGCGCUUGGACCGGGCGCCUCUGUCGUGACGUCAGGAUGGCUCCGCCUGACAGCCACUGGCAGCAGGAUGUGGAGGAGGCUGACACUUCAGCCAUCUGUAACAGGACGCUGUCCAGCCCCAGAUCUGCUCGACCCACUGCUGCCCGUGGUUCCCGUUGUCAGCUCAUUACGGUCCCUGCCAACACUUUCCGGGUCUUGCCCUGCAAACUGCGCUCCAACCUGGCCCAGAGGAAGUGGCGCUACAGCGACAGUGCCAGCCAGUUCCUUUACGCCACGCCCGAAGGCAGCCUGGUGGUGGUGGCGCAGGGCGACAAGAUGGAGACGUACGAGUGCUGGUCUGAGGAGGAGAACUUCCGCCAGCUGCUAGCUAAUUACUGUGUCAGGGCAGAGCCUCGCCAGGAAAGCACCACCAUGAUGGGCCACUCCCGGACACCGCACAUCAAACGUGUGGAGACCAUGAUCCUGCCCGGCGAGUCCCGCUCGGAGCAGAUCCACACCAAGACCUACUGGAACGAGCUAAUCGUGGUGUGCGCGCUGCUGGCUUUCUCCUUGGUGGUCUUCUCCUUGUUCGUCAUCUACAGGAACCGCGACCACAUGAAGUCCAUGCUGAAGCAAGGCGAGUGUCCCAACAUGCAGCAGAAGAAGCCAAGGAUUGUGGGGAAGCCCACCGAGAGCCUGCCGCUCAACGGCAACACCAUCCCCGUCUCCACCUCCGACCACAAGGGCUACCAGACGCUCAACGACAACUACAUCUGCAGCACGCCCACUCGAGAGUCAUCGCCGGAGAGCAAGAGCUUUUCUGAUGCGUCCGACAGGCGGCCUCUCAACGUGAAGGAGAGCCACGUGGAAUACUCGCCCACACUCCCCCGGCCUCGGGUACGGUUAGGCUCGGAGAUUAAAGACUCCAUCGUGUGAGGCGAGCAGGACCCUGACAUUUUUUUUUUUUUUUACAUUUCGGUCAUCUGUGUUUGCCAGAGGAGAAGCCAGAGGUUUUUUUGCGUGAGAUGGGAAAGCAGCUCAUGGCCGCUGCUACCAAGUUUCUUUUCAGCCAUCCUCAUGGCCACUCAUUGCUUACAAAAUGUGUGUGCGUGUGGGCUAGGACACUAGACGCUCAGUAUUUAUGUCUUCAUAGACAAAAAAGCUCCAGUAAAAGUCUACUGCCGAGGCCACACAAAAUCCACCAUUUCAGGUUCGAGGAGGCUAAAAACGGCAUGUGACGCAUUUUCACGAUGACAGUGUGGAUGAUAGCAGAUGAAGGACAAUGAUGACUUCUUGACUGCGGGACUUCAAAACAGAUACAAGAGAGCACAAGGGUUGCUGACAAGUGACUUUUACCUCCUGAAUGUACGUCAAAAGUCUGUUUUAUGCACCAGUGAACGCACCACGGACCACUGGAGGAAGCGGCCACACUGCGUGACGUGACCUGCUGGUACCAAGCAUGGUGAUGUGAUGACACAGCCAAGAAAAAAACAGGGGAUGUCCACACCUCUAUCAUUUUCAGGGUCGCACCAAAUCAUCCUGUCCACUGUGCCAAAAAAAAAAAAGAAAAAAAAGCAACAACUUGAUUGUUUUAUCGAAAUGCAAUAGUGCCAUUGUGUUGUGACGACCACUCCCGCCAUCUUUGUUUUAGCAUCGCAAAGAGCACUAAAGGGUUGAGGCACUAAUAAGAACAAAUGUGACAUUUCACUGGUAGACUUCUGGAAUAUUUCUAUUUAAAAAAAAAAGAA